UGGGUGUUCUCAAUGCCAAGACAAGACCCCACGUAGCCCCAACUCUUUGCCCAAAGACGGGGCUGAGAUCCCCAGCGCUCUCCUGGCGGGGGCAGGGCCGAGCACAGGGGCUGGAUGAGGGGCCGCCCUUUAGGGCUCUCCCAGGGAAGGGGACAACACAGGAGGCGGGAGGCUGGGCCAGCACCCCAGCCCCGGCAACCUCCCUGGCUGCUACAGCCUGUGGCCAGAGGCAAGGGCACGCCCUGGGUCCCAUUCCUCCAAGUUCAUAGGAGGCUGCCAGAACUGUUAUCUCUGCUCCGCCCCUUCUCCACGCACGACCCCGCUGUCACGUCCAUAAAUCCCAGGAGCAGAGGGCUGCACGGUCCUUCCCGCGUCCUGCGGGCCCAAGAGCCGGGCACGAAAGCGGUGCAGUCCCCAGCUUCCCCUGCAGAAGCCGCGCUCCCCGCUCGGUCCGGAGGUAGAGGGGGCGCGAGAGAGCCAGUGGGCGGGUGUCCCGUCCUCCGCAUCCUCCUCCAGGUCCUGGCGCGCAGGGUGGGAGCGAGGCGCGGCUCCGCGCUGCGCACCGCGGCCCGCUCGCCGCCUGCCCCUCGCCCGGCUGGGCCACGUCCCCGGGCUGCGGGGUGGAGGGCUAACGAAGCACUAACGUUACGCUGUUUCCGGUUUUUCCGCAGGCUCCGUUUCCCCUCCCAAGGCGGCGGCUGAGCGGCGGAGCCCCCCAAAUGGCCUGGCCAGAUGCGGCAGGUUUGCUGCUCAGCGCUGCCGCCGCCGCCGCCGCCACUGGAGAAGGCUCCGUGCAGCAGCCACAGCGACAGCAGCAGCAGCACCAGCAGCAAGAGGAGCAGCAGCAGCAGCAGCAGCAGCGGGAACAGCAGCAGCAGGAGCAGCAGCAGCAGCAUCUCCCGUCCCGCUGCGCCCCCAGAGCCGCGGCCGCCGCAGCCGCCGCAGCCCCGCAGCCCCGCAGCCCGGAGAGCCGCCGCCGCCCGCUCGCGAGCCGCAGCCGCCGGCGGCAUGAGGCGCGACCCGGCCCCCGGCUUCUCCAUGCUGCUCUUCGGGGUGUCGCUCGCCUGCUACUCGCCUAGCCUCAAGUCAGUGCAGGACCAGGCGUACAAGGCGCCCGUGGUGGUGGAGGGCAAGGUGCAGGGGCUGGCGCCGGCGGCCGGCGGCUCCGGCUCCAACAGCACCCGCGAGCCGCCCGCCGCGGGCCGGGUGGCGCUGGUGAAGGUGCUGGACAAGUGGCCGCUCCGGAGCGGGGGGCUGCAGCGCGAGCAGCUCAUCAGCGUGGGCUCCUGCGCGCCGCUCGAGAGGAACCAGCGCUACAUCUUCUUCCUGGAGCCCACGGAGCAGCCCUUGGUCUUCAAGACGGCGUUUGCCCCCCUCGACACCAACGGCAAAAACCUCAAGAAAGAGGUGGGCAAGAUCCUGUGCAUGGACUGCGCCACCCGGCCCAAGCUGAAGAAGAUGAAGAGUCAGACGGGACAGGUGGGGGAGAAACAAUCUCUGAAGUGCGAGGCAGUAGCCGGUAACCCCCUGCCCUCCUACCGCUGGUUCAAGGAUGGCAAGGAGCUCAACCGCAGCCGCGACAUUCGCAUCAAGUACGGCAACGGCAGAAAGAACUCACGACUACAGUUCAACAAGGUGAAGGUGGAGGACGCAGGGGAGUACGUCUGCGAGGCCGAGAACAUCCUGGGGAAGGACACGGUCAGAGGCCGGCUCUACGUCAACAGCGUGAGCACCACUCUGUCAUCCUGGUCGGGGCAUGCCCGGAAGUGCAACGAGACAGCCAAGUCCUAUUGUGUCAACGGAGGCGUCUGCUACUACAUCGAGGGCAUCAACCAGCUCUCCUGCAAGUGUCCUGUGGGAUACACCGGGGACAGGUGUCAGCAGUUCGCAAUGGUCAACUUCUCCAAGCACCUUGGAUUUGAACUAAAGGAAGCCGAGGAGCUGUACCAGAAGAGGGUCCUGACUAUCACCGGUAUCUGCGUGGCUCUGCUUGUCGUGGGCAUCGUCUGCGUGGUCGCCUACUGCAAGACCAAAAAACAGCGGAAGCAGGUGCACAACCACCUCCGGCAGAACAUGUGUCCAGCCCACCAGAACCGAAGCCUGGCCAAUGGGCCCAGCCACCCCCGGCUGGACCCCGAGGAGAUCCAGAUGGCAGAUUAUAUCUCCAAGAACGUGCCGGCCACAGACCACGUCAUCCGAAGGGAAGCCGAGACCACCUUCUCCGGGAGCCACUCCUGUUCUCCGUCCCACCACUGCUCCACAGCCACACCCACUUCCAGCCACAGGCAUGAGAGCCACACAUGGAGCCUGGAACGUUCUGAGAGCCUGACCUCCGACUCGCAGUCGGGCAUCAUGCUGUCAUCAGUGGGGACCAGCAAGUGCAACAGCCCAGCAUGCGUGGAGGCCCGGGCACGGCGGGCAGCAGCCUACAGCCUGGAAGAGCAGCGCAGGGCCACCAUGCCACCUUACCAUGACUCCAUAGACUCCCUGCGUGACUCCCCACACAGCGAGAGGUACGUGUCGGCCCUGACCACGCCCGCGCGCCUCUCCCCGGUGGACUUCCACUACUCGCUGGCCACGCAGGUGCCGACGUUCGAGAUCACGUCCCCCAACUCGGCGCACGCCGUGUCGCUCCCUCCCGCCGCGCCCUUCAGCUACCGCCUGGCGGAACAGCAGCCGCUCCUGCGGCACCCGGCGCCCCCCGAGGCCGGGCCCGGCGCCGCCGCCGCCGCCGCCGACAUGCAGCGCAGCUACGACAGCUACUACUACCCCGUGGCCGGGCCCGGGCCGCGGCGCGGCGCCUGCGGCCUGGGCGGCAGCCUGGGCAGCCUGCCCGCCAGCCCCUUCCGCAUCCCCGAGGACGACGAGUACGAGACCACGCAGGAGUGCGCGCCCCCGCCGCCGCCGCCGCGCGCCCGCGGCGCGUCCCGCAGGACGUCGGCGGGGCCGCGGCGCUGGCGCCGUUCGCGCCUCAACGGGCUGGCGGCGCAGCGCGCACGCGCGGCGCGGGACUCGCUGUCGCUGAGCAGCGGCUCGGGGUGCGGCUCGGCCUCCGCCUCGGACGAGGACGCGGACGACGCGGACGGGGCGCUGGCGGCCGAGAGCACGCCCUUCCUCGGCCUGCGCGCGGCGCACGAGGCGCUGCGCUCGGACUCGCCGCCGCGGGGCGGGGCGGCGGACAGCAGGACUUACUACUCGCUGGAGAGCCACAGCACGCAGGCCAGCAGCAGCAGACACAGCCGCGGGCCCGCGCGGGCCAAGCAGGACUCGGCGCCCCUCUAGGGCCCGCCUCCCUCCUCCCCUGUCUUGAAAGAGAAGGGCGACCACCAAACUUGGAGAAAGGAGGAGAGAAAAAAAAAAAAAAGAAAUAAAAAUAUUUUUAUUUUCUAUAAAAGGAAAAAAGGUAUAACAAAAUGUUUUAUUUUCAUUUUAGCAAACAUUGUCUUACAAUACUAGCUAAACGGCAAAGACGUUUUUAUAGGGAAACUAUUUAUAUGUAACAUCCUGAUUUACAGCUUCGGGAGAAAAAAAACAAAACAAAAAGAAACAACAAAAAAAAAGAGAGAUGGGCCAAUUUUUUGACUCUUUAAUAGAAACCUAUAUUGUGGUGCCUUUUGCUGUACGCUAAUCUGGAGCUCCUGGAGAAAAAGUCUGGGUUGUGGGGUGGGGGUGGGGGGAUGCAGGAUCCGGAGCUGGUGCCGGCGAGAGGAAGCAGGUAGAGAGAGGCUGCAGGGGUGGGGGGUGGGGGGUUGGGAGGGACCGAGUUGCGCAGCUGUGAUGGGUGGGCCCUUUGCCCCCUUGCAAGAUCUCGAGUCCUGCAUCCCCUGGGAAAGGCCAGGGAUCCUAGGCUUGGAGCUAGCGUUGGUGUCAGGUCACGUCUAGAGGGAGACUAAGGCCCAGCGACAGCAACCUGAAUGGGGCGGGGGCCUCCCCACUCCUCAAAGCUGCUAAGGGAGGAGGCACUGAGAACCAGGUCUUCCCAACAGUCCCCGCCCCAGGGAGGGGGCAGCUCUGCCAGGGCCCCACCGUUGGAGGCUCCUCCUCCCCACGGCCUCCAGGACGCCCCUUGUCCUCUGCAGCACCUUCGUUUACAGGUCGUCUUUUCUAUUACGCCUGCAUGUUCUUUGCAUUUCAGAUUCUUUAGAUUGGAUGCAUGGUCACGCUGGGACCUAGAAGAGCCACUCGACAGUGUAUUUGAUCCCCCUUUUAGCAAUAAAGUAACAUCAUUUCCUUCUCAGUCCAACGCCCAGCCUCCAUCCCACCUACGACUUCUGCUCCCUCUCCAGCCCCGCCCUCCUCACCCCCGAAAACUGGGUCCACUGCUAAUUUGUCCAAAAGGUAAUUGUUUAAAAAAAAAUACUCCCAAACAAAUGAGAACCCUGCCCUGAAAUGUCCAAACACCUGACUGUUGACACUUGAACAUUUUUAUAUUAUAAAUAAAAGCAGAAAUAACUCA